AUGACACCAGAGCUGCACGCGAAUUGGUGGAAUAUUGUCACCUUCUCUUGGCUCAACAAACUGCUCACUGUGGGCUAUACCCGGCCGUUGACCCCUGAGGAUCUGUACCGGUUGCAGGAUAGCACGCAAGCGUCCGAGUAUGCGGAUCGUCUGGAACAAGCUUGGCAGCGACAGUGCUUGAAAGCUCAAGCUGCGAAUACUGCGAAGGGGCUACCUCAGGUUGGUUCGGAGGCAGACAAAUCGGAAAAAGUGACGGACGUCGGAGGUGGGACAUCGUCCGGAAACCGCUCCCCACGCUUGCUCUUCUGGAGGCGAAACAAGGCGACAAAGCCUCAGAAGCCGUCGCUAGCAAUGGCAAUGAACGAGACUGUCCUCGUCUUCUUCUGGACCGGCGGCUUCCUGAAACUUCUGUCUGACAUUGGCACCAUCACCUCGCCGCUGCUACUUCGUUCCAUCACAGACUUUGUGACUGCUUCGUACGAUAGCAAGCAGCCAGGUGGUCCAACAGCUCCUCACAUCGGCCAAGGCAUCGGUCUUGGCAUCGGACUCUUCCUUGUCCAGCUCACCAUCGUCUUCUUAAACGUCCAUUCCUUCUACCGCGGAUUCGGCACUGGAAUCCUUCUUCGGACAGCGCUCAUUCACGCGAUUUACCGUCGAGCCAUGCGCCUCUCGAACAGGUCUCGCGUAUCUGGAGGCCUUGGCAAUUCGAAGCUCGUUACACUUAUAUCUGCCGACGUCAGCCGCAUCGACUAUUGCUGUCAGUUCUUCCACAUGGCGUGGACUUCCAUUGUUCAGAUCGCCAUCUGUCUAGCUCUGCAAAUCUACACCCUAGGUUAUUCAGCUUUGCCGGGAUUUGCCUUCGUGCUGCUCCUUUCACCAAGCCAAAGCUUGAUCACAAAGCACUUGUUCUCACUCAGGAAACGCUCCAUGAAGUGGACCGAUGCACGCGUUCGUGCAAUCACCGAGCUCAUGUCUGGUAUCCGCACCAUCAAAUGCUUUGCUUGGGAGUCGCCAUACUUGGAGCGAAUCAAGCGAUUGCGGGCGAACGAACUGUCCUACCUGCGUCGCCGUCUGGGCUGGCGUAGUGCCAACAAUGCGCUCGCCUUUGCAGUACCCACUGUUGCUGCAGUGAUCAGCUUCAUCACGUAUACAGCAGUAGGCAAUGAGCUCGAGCCAGGCAAGAUUUUCUCUGCGCUUACCUUCUUCCAGCUGCUCCGUACGCCUCUGCAAUUCUUACCGGUCGCUUGGAACGCCAUCGCGGACGCUACGAACGCCUGCAGACGCAUCUCUGCUGUUUUCGAGGGCGAACUUGCGGCUGGAAGCCAUCCGGUAGACGAAAAUUUGCAUAAUGGAUUGGAAAUGUACGAGGCAAGCUUCGAGUGGGAUUCCGCUCCGCCUUCCAGCACGGCUAAUGACAUUGCGGGCAAGGCAAAGGGUCGCGCUGCUGAACCCGAGAAGGCGAGCGCGACGCCGUCAAGGUUGCAGAACAUCACUAUGAACGUGCCACGGGGUAGUCUUGUUGCGAUUGUGGGGCCUAUAGGGUCCGGCAAGAGUAGUUUGAUGAGCGCUUUGGCGGGAGAGAUGAGGCAAACGGGCGGUAGCGUAGUCUUUGGAGGCAGCUUGGGUCUUUGUGCCCAGGUGCCAUGGAUCCUUUCGUCGACCAUUCGGGACAACAUCACUUUUGGUCGUCCCUACGACGAAGCUCGGUAUAGACAAGUGGUCCACGACGCCUGUCUACUGCCCGACUUUGCGAUGCUGCCUCAAGGAGACCAGACCGUUGUGGGAGAGAAAGGCGUGUCUUUAUCUGGCGGCCAAAAGCAGCGUGUCAACAUUGCGCGCGCAGUCUACCACGACGACGACGUCAUCCUCUUCGAUGAUUGCUUCUCGGCGUUGGAUGCGCAUGUCGGCAAAGCCGUCUUUACACAGGUGAUGCAAGGCAGCCUGAGCGGCAAGACUCGCAUCUUGGCGACGCACGCCCUUCAUCUGCUCCCUCACGCCGAUUACAUCAUCACCUUGGAAGGCGGACGAAUCGCAGAGCAGGGCACCUAUGGUCAAUUACUGGGCCACAACGGUCCUUUCUCUCGCUAUGUCGAAAAGUACGGAGGUGCUCUGAACGAAGAAAAGGCACCCGAGCCACACGAACAGGACGAUGCCAUCGAGGGCAAAUGCGAGAUCGAACCGGAGUCCAAUCACGUUGCAGGCCAGAAGGGUCUGGCAUCAGGCAAGCCAGAAUCCCCCGCUCGGGGCAGAGAGGCACCAAAGGCCGUCAUGCAGCUGGAAGAACGCUUUACGGGCUCUGUGAGCAAGAAUAGUGAGUACCAAUUUCUCUGAGCGGACCAGGUCGACUACGCUAACUGUGAGGGACCAACAUUCCCACUUCAGCAUACGGCACCUAUUUGAAGGCCGGCAACAUGCCUCUGUUGUUUCCUUUGUUCGUGCUAGCAAUCCUUGUCUUUGAAGGUUCGACCGUUUUGAGCCCGCUGUGGUUGCUUUGGUGGCAAGAGAAGCAGUACAAUUUGCCACUUGGCGUCUACAUGGGCGUCUACGGAGUCCUCGGCGUUGGCCAAGCGCUCGGCCUUCUGGCAAUGGGUCAAGUCUUUGCGUUCUUCACCUUCUACAGCUCAGCGACGCUCCACCGGCGUGCUUUGCAACGUGUCUGCCACGCGACUUGCUCAUUCUUCGACACGACUCCGCUGGGUCGCAUCACUCAUCGGUUCAGCAAAGACGUCGACGUCAUCGACAAUGUCAUUGGUGACGCCAUCCGAACAUUGCUGGGCGUCGUCGUUCAGGUUGUCGGCUCGAUCGUCCUUAUCGCCUACCUCACGCCUUACUUUCUCAUCGCCGUCGGAGUCAUGGUCCUCCUGUACUUUUGGACCGGCAUUUAUUACCGCACGAGCGCACGCGAACUUCGAAGGUUGGAUGCUGUGCUGCGCAGCAAGAUGUACGAGCAUUUCGCCGAGUCGCUGUCUGGCAUCACCACCAUCCGGGCGUACAACGAGUCUCAAAGCUUCCUGCGCGAAAACGCAAAGCGCAUCGACGUGGAGAACCGCGCGUACUGGCUCUCAAUGGCUUGUCAGAGGUGGCUCUCUGUUCGACUCGAUGGUUUCGGCUCCCUUUUGGUGCUCGCCGUCGCCAUGCUCGCCGUUGGCGCUCGUUUUACUCUAAGCCCUGGUCAGACAGGUGUUGCACUCUCGUUCAUCCUUACUGCUCAGAGUGUCUGGUCCUGGGUCAUUCGACAAAGCGCUGAAGUUGAAAACAACAUGUCUGCCAUAGAGCGCUUGGUCUACUACGCCAACAAUGUCGAGAUGGAGCCGGCUCACAAAGUGCCGGAGCAUGACAGCAAGCUCGCUCCGACUUGGCCAAGUCAAGGCCAAAUCGAAUUCAAGGAGGUUGUCGCGUCCUACCGAGAGGGGCUGCCAGCCGUGCUCAAAGGCGUCUCGUUGCACAUUGCGCCAGGUGAACACAUCGCUGUUUGCGGUCGAACGGGUGCCGGGAAGACUACACUGAUGACGACACUUCUGCGAAUGAUGGAGCUGUCGAGCGGAUCCAUCUUUAUCGACGGAGUCGACAUUUCCAACUUAGGUUUGGCAACUUUGAGAAGUCGGAUAUCCAUCAUUCCCCAAGAUCCCCUGAUGUUUGGCGGUUCCUUAAGGCACAAUCUUGAUCCUCUCGGAGAAUGUGAUGACGCGACUCUGAACAACGCUUUGCAGCGAGCGUGCUUGCUCAAGCCCAUCGGUCGGACCGAGUCUGCCAGCUCUUCGACGUCCACCAUCAACGUCGUCCAUCAAGGUUCCGGCACAGAUGCGAACGCCCAGAGACCCCCACACCUCACGCUGGACACUGCCAUCGAAGACGAAGGAAGCAAUCUCAGCCAAGGGCAAAGAGCGCUCAUCUCGAUGGCCCGCGCGCUUGUCCGUCACUCACAGAUCGUGGUGCUAGACGAGGCGACGGCUUCGGUGGACUACUCGACAGAUGCGGCCAUCCAACGAACCAUAUCCGUGGACAUGGUUGCCAAAACGGUGCUCACUGUGGCACAUCGUCUCAACACUGUCAUCUCCUACGACCGCGUCUGUAUCAUGGACGCUGGCAAGAUAGUCGAAAUCGGCCCGCCACUUGAUUUGUGGGAACGAGGAGGAGAGGAUGGCCACUUCAGGCGAAUGUGCGAUAGUUCCAACAUUGCUAAGAGCGACAUUGAGUCGGCCCAGCGCGAACGUCAAAGUCUACUCAGCAGCAGCCGCGGCAAGACAUCGUGA